AUGAAUAAAGUCCGCCGCCAAAAAAGGAAAAAAGGAGCUGAAGAAGACUUUGUAAGCUCUCUACCUGAUGUCAUCCUCCAACAUAUUCUCUCCUUUAUUCCGACCAAAUUCGUCAUCAGAACUUCACUCUUGUCAAAACGAUGGAGACAUGUAUGGUUGGAUACACCUUCUGUCUCUUUCGAUAUCAAUAGUAUACCGGAAGCUGCUUUGGUUAACGAAACCCUAAGUCGCUACACUGUUCCGAAGUUGAUGCGUUUUAAACUCCAUAUCAACAAGACCAACAAUACUCCCCACCUCCACAAGUGGAUCGAGUUCGCCAUGUCCCGCAACGUGGAGAAACUGUCCCUGAAGUUCAUGUUUGCCAGGGAGUAUACGGUUCCUGAUUUCUUCUACAUAAGUUCCUCUGUCAAGCAACUCACAAUUACACUACACUUGGCUCCCACAAGCUCUGUGUCUUGGACAUCACUCAAGAGCCUGUCUUUGAAUUGUUGUAGUCGUAUCUCUAAUGACUCCUUGGCUAAGAUUCUAUCUGGUUGUUCGAUUCUCGAGAGCUUAAGAUUGUAUCAGUGCAAUGAAAUUACGUUUCUUGAUCUCAGCAAAUCACUGGGUCUGAGAACACUAGAUAUGCUUGAAAAUUUGCGGCAUGUAGAGAAGCUAACUUUGGGUGCAAGCUUUCUUCAGGCCAAAGCUUUGACACUUGAGACACAUAUCUCUCAAUAUGUUAUUCCUGGUGUNGAGAAGGUNUUACAAAACUCGCCUGAUUUAAAGAAGCUAACAGUACACAUAACAAUCAAUUGCAACACUAUACAGGGAUGGUAUCUUGACAAGUACUUGGAUUCGCAAGGCCUGAAUCCGGACCAAUGCUGGAAAUCAAUAGAUGGGGUUCGUUGGAACAAGACAUGUCCGGAUGUAGAGUCAAAGCACUUAGAUACACAUAUGCUUCAGUACACAAAGGCAUUAGAGAAGAUGUUUCUAUGGGGAAACCGUUACUUUAGGUUUAUAGAAAUGGUUCCAGCACUUUCUCACAACAAUAAAGUCUCCAUUGCAUUCUCACAUUUCUGGGUUUACCGGAGAUGGGUUUGUGUCUCUGUGCAUUUUCCGUUUAAGUCAAAGCUUGUGAUGGCGAAGAAGGAGAGACCUAGACCUGAAAAGUUGUCUGUUUAUCUUUAUAUACCUAAUAUUGUUGGGUAUAUUAGAGUUCUCUUGAACUGUGUUGCCUUUGCUGUGUGUUUCUCCAACAAGACACUUUUCUCUCUGCUCUAUUUCUUCAGCUUUUGUUGUGAUGCUGUAGAUGGCUGGUGCGCUCGUAGAUUCAACCAAGUUUCAACUUUUGGAGCUGUUCUCGACAUGGUGACUGAUAGAGUUAGCACGGCCUGUCUACUCGUUAUUCUCUCUCAAGUCUACAGGCCUAGCUUGGUCUUCCUUUCAUUGCUGGCUUUAGAUAUUGCUAGUCAUUGGCUGCAGAUGUACAGUACGUUUCUAGCAGGGAAGAGCAGCCAUAAGGAUGUCAAAGACAGCACAAGCUGGCUUUUCAGACUCUACUAUGGAAACCGGAUAUUUAUGUGUUAUUGUUGUGUUUCUUGCGAGGUUCUAUAUAUCAUACUUCUUCUCAUUGCAAAGAACCAAACCCAGAACCUCCUAAAUGUCGUAGUUGCCACUUUAACGCAGAUUUCACCACUCUCUUUUCUUCUGGCUUUGACAUUGUUCGGUUGGUCGAUGAAACAGACCGUCAAUAUCAUUCAGAUGAAAACCGCUGCAGAUGUUUGUGUACUUGGUGAGUCGGAUACAGACACGUCAGCAUUAUCUCUUUCCGAAAACUUCUCUCUUUUCUCUGCCAUGGCGAAACCGGUAGCUAUUGAAGUGUAUAACCCGAAUGGGAAAUACAGAGUCGUCAGUACAAAACCGAUGCCGGGGACUCGCUGGAUCAACCUCUUGAUCGACCAAGGUUGUCGCGUCGAGAUAUGCCAUUUGAAGAAGACGAUCUUGUCCGUAGAAGACAUCGUUGAUCUUAUCGGAGACAAGUGUGAUGGAGUCAUCGGUCAGUUAACGGAAGAUUGGGGAGAGACUCUGUUUUCAGCUCUAAGCAAAGCUGGAGGUAAAGCUUUCAGUAACAUGGCCGUUGGUUACAACAACGUUGAUGUCGAAGCUGCCAAUAAGUAUAAUAUUGCCGUUGGUAACACUCCGGGAGUGUUGACUGAGACAACGGCCGAACUAGCUGCUUCUCUUUCCCUUGCUGCCGCGAGAAGAAUUGUCGAAGCCGACGGUUUCAUGAGAGCUGGCUUGUACGAGGGAUGGCUUCCUCAUCUGUUUGUGGGGAACUUGCUUAAAGGACAGACUGUGGGAGUUAUUGGGGCUGGACGUAUUGGAUCUGCUUAUGCUAGAAUGAUGGUCGAAGGGUUCAAGAUGAAUUUGAUCUACUAUGAUCUUUACCAAUCCACUCGUCUUGAGAAAUUUGUGACAGCUUAUGGACAAUUCUUGAAAGCAAAUGGGGAACAACCUGUGACAUGGAAACGAGCUUCGUCUAUGGAGGAGGUUCUGCGAGAGGCCGACCUGAUAAGUCUUCACCCUGUGUUGGACAAAACCACUUACCAUCUUGUCAACAAGGAGAGGCUUGCCAUUAUGAAGAAGGAAGCAAUCCUUGUGAACUGUAGUAGAGGUCCCGUGAUCGAUGAGGCAGCUCUUGUCGAUCAUCUCAGAGAGAACCCGAUGUUCCGAGUUGGUCUUGAUGUGUUUGAGGAAGAGCCUUUCAUGAAACCAGGGCUUGCUGAUAUGAAGAACGCCGUUGUUGUUCCCCACAUUGCUUCUGCUUCCAAGUGGACUCGUGAAGGAAUGGCUACGCUUGCAGCUCUCAACGUCCUCGGAAGGAUCAAAGGGUACCCGAUUUGGAAUGACCCGAACCGGGUCGACCCAUUUUUGAACGAAAAUGCUUCACCACCCGCUGCAAGCCCAAGCAUCGUCAACUCAAAAGCCUUAGGAUUGCCGGUUUCGAAGCUAUGA